AUGAUCAUAGAAAAUCUGGAGGCUUUGAAAACAUGGCUGUCUGACACGCUCGAGCCCAUCUGCGAUGCAGACCCUUCAGCACUCGCCAAGUAUGUUGUUGCCCUGGUGAAAAAAGAUAAAACUGAAAAAGAACUGAAAGCUUUGUGUAUUGACCAGUUGGACGUAUUUCUCCAGAAAGAGACCCAGCAAUUUGUGGACAAGCUGUUUGAAGCAAUAGACAACAAAAGCUAUCUGCCUCCGACGGAAGCACUACCUACUUUGAUCAAAGUUGAAAAAGAUGAGCCGAAAAAAGAUGAGCCAACUCGGGAAGACGAACGUGACAAAAAGAUUUCUCGAAGAGUGAAUAACAGUCCUCCAUCAGGUUCCCGCUACAGCAGAGAUGGCAGGAGAGUAGAUGAUCGCAAGAGAGAUGACCGGUCCAGGAAAAGAGAUUACGACCGCAACCCGCCCAGAAGGGAUUCAUACCGUGAUCGCUACAAUCGAAGGAGGGGUCGCAGUCGUAGUUAUAGUCGCAGCCGCAGCCGAAGUUGGAGCAAGGAUCGACCUCGAGACAGAGACCGUGACCGUGAUCGUGACAGAGACAGGGAGAGAGACCGGGACCGAGCUCGGAGCGGAAGUCCUUCUCACAGCAGAACUCGUUCAAGAAGCCGGAGUAGAGACAGGGAUCCUGGGAAGUUGAAGUAUGAUCACGAUCGCGUGGACCGGUUGGAAGGUCCUGAUGGCUACACCCCGACUAUUCUGGUUUCCACUGCAACCACCUCCCAUUUCCCUGUGCCAACACUGAGCAGCACCAUCACGGUCAUCGCGCCCACGCAUCAUCACAGCAAUAACACGACUGAAAGCUGGUCGGAUUUCCACCCAGAGCACCCUGUGGAUCGAGGCCCUUUCAGGGGACCUGUUCCUCAACCAAGGAAACGGUGCCGUGACUAUGAUGAGAAAGGCUUCUGCAUGAGAGGAGACAUGUGCCCUUUUGACCAUGGGAGUGACCCAGUCGUGGUGGAGGAUGUCGGUUUGCCCAAUAUGCUGCCCUUUCAGCCCCCACCCAUUCCAGGUGUGGAUGGCCCUCCACCCCCGGGCCUUCCACCUCCACCACUAAUGAACCCCUCGACUGUGAAUCUGGGGCCUCCUGUGCCCCCACCGGGAACUCUCCCACCAAGCCUUCCGCCGAUUGCAGGACCACCGCCCCCUCUUCCUCCACUUCAGCCCUCUGGAAUGGAUGCACCGCCAAAUUCCAUUACGAGUGCUGUUCCCACUAUUGUCACCUCUGGCAUACGUUCUUCAGUGCCCCAAAUACCGACACCACUUUUCCCUUCAGUGCUCAAUGUACCAGAUACCUAUGAGGCAGAUGUGUACAACCCUGAGGCCCCUAGUAUCACUAGUAGUUCCAGGCCAAUGUACCGCCACCGGGUCAAUGCUCAGAGGCCCAACCUUAUUGGCCUCACUAUGGGAGAUGUGGACCAGCCACAGAAAGACAAGGUUCCAAACAACAGUAUGAGAAUUGUUAUGGAUUCGAGCUUGAGGAAGCGACCUGCUGGUUCACAUGAUGGAGGUAUUCUCCACAAGAAACCUUGGUUUGACAGGCCUAACUAUAAUAAACCUAACCAUCUGGGCUAUCACAGAAGAGGUCCCUUCAACUCUCCUAACACCAAGCUGCUGGUUCGGCAAAUUCCUUCUGAACUCAACAACAUCAGCAAACUCAAUGAUCAUUUCAGCAAAUUUGGAACCAUUGUCAAUCUGCAGGUGGCAUACCAGAGUGAUCCAGAGGGUGCACUGAUUCAGUUUGCAUCUCCUGAUGAGGCCAAGAGGGCCAUACAAAGCACAGAGGCUGUCCUCAACAACCGCUUUAUCCGAGUGCAUUGGUUCCGGGAGAACGGGGGUGAUGGACCUGGACCGGGCCUGGCUCACAUACAGCAGUUGCAAUCACAGCCAGCCAUUCAGCAGCCCUCAGUGACAUCGCUGAAGCAGUCUGUCAAAGAUCGCCUUGGGCCUCUGCUCACUGCAAACGCUGAGCCUUCCCAGGACUCCAGUGUAGCUCCUCAGAAUCCUACAAAAGUAUCAGUGAAGGAUCGUCUGGGUUUCUCUGCCAAAUCUGCUACACCUGUUGAGAAGGUGUUUUCAACUUCGGCGGGCCUCUCUAAGACAGUAUACAACCCUGCAGCCUUAAAAGCGGUCCAGAAAACCACAGAUGACCCUCUAAAGAAGAAACAGGAAGCUCUAAGGCUACAGCAGGAUGUACGGAAGAAGAAGCAAGAAAUUCUCGAGAAGCAUAUUGAAACACAGAAGCUCCUGAUCUCCAAACUUGAGAAGAACAAAACAAUGAAAGCAGAGGAUAAAGCCAAAAUCAUGGAAACCUUGGGCAUUUUAACCAAAAACAUCACCAAACUACAAGAAGAGAUAAAGGGCAUCUCAUGCAGCAGCAGCAAUCUUCUGAACACAGUCAAGAGCAAGGCCCAAGCUCAGAAGGAACUUCUUGACACAGAGUUAGAUCUGUACAAGAAAACUCAAGCUGGAGAGGACACUGCUCUGUUGAAGAUCAAGUAUACCCAGCUGCAGAUUGAGGCCGCUAAAAGAGGACUCCUGUCACCAAGCCGAGGUCGUGGGAUCUCUGCUCGAGGGCGUGGUUCCACAAGGGCCCGCGGAAGAGGUGCCAGAGGACGGGGAAGAGGAAGAGGUGUUCCACUGCAUGCAGUUGUGGACCAUCGUCCGCGAGCUCUGGAGAUUUCCGGUUUCACGGAGACAGAGCAGGUCGACCUGCUGCCGCAUUUUGCUCAAUUUGGAGAAAUAGAAGAUUGCCAGAUCGAUGAAAACAGCUUGUGUGCAGUCAUCACCUACAGGACAAGAGCAGAGGCUGAGCAGGCAGCACUCCGUGGCGUCAAGUUGAACAAUCGUAAUUUACGGCUGGCCUGGCAUAAGCCUCUCAAGACGCUGAAUGCUGUUGAUGCAAACGAGGCAGAGCCAGAGGAGGAUGAGUAUCCAGAAGAGUCACUGAGCGAUGAUGCCCUGCUGCAGGAUGACGACGAGGAGGAAGAUGACAACGAGCCUCGUUCCUGGCGCAGAUGA